AUGGAUGCGUGCUUUGCUCGCACGGUCGUCCUUGUGGCCACCGUCACCGUUGCUAUGACGGUCGACUGUCAUCGGGCCCCUUCAAGUUCGGAGAAACCUUUGAAUGGCUACACUUCCCAAGCACUUGGCCAUGCCUACGAAGGCUUGAUCUUUGCUCAGGAAAAAGGAAACGACACGCCUCUACUGCAUCACAGCCGACGGCUACGCCAGAAUGGUUGGAAAAACCGUCCACACUCGCUGCAAGAGCAAGCCGGCAACUACAACACUCCACUAUAUGGGCUUGCAAACAUUGAAGAGAACUCUAACGGCUACGAGCUCUGGCAUUCUACAAGGACUCCAGAUAGGAGACUCGGGGAGGAAGCCAACGCUUCAUUUGCUCUUCUCAGUGCUUCUCCACCUGGGUCAGCUAAGAAAGGAGGCUCUCGCUCAAAUUUGCGCAAAAGCGGAGAAUCGGGAAAGGGAACAAGCAGCCCCAUUUCAAUUUUUAAGGCCAUUGGACGACCUUUCGCGUCAUUAGGCGCAGCCGCGCUGAGAGCUACUGGGGAAAUCAGGAAGCUCUUAUUCAAGCCCAAAAUGUCUUGCAAGUUGGAACUGAAAGACAAUCUGAUUGGAGGCCACGGUUCGCCUAUAGUGGCGAAGGCCAUUUCCCGGUUGCCGCUUCCAAAGACGGACAGGAGACUGUUGGCAGUAGAGGAGGGGCUCGAUGUGCAUUUUCCUAGAGACCAAGACAUAACCUUUGACUGUGUGGGCUACGACCAGAGCAUAGUUCUUCGGCGCGGUGCCCUGCUCGGAGCUGGCAACUUUGGGUACGUGUUCUCCCUUACCAGCAGGCAUGGUGCUCAGUACGCCGGCAAGAUCUAUGCCAUUCAGCAAAGCGAAAAACACACAAUGGACAUCGCAAAAGACCAGCUUAAAAUAUUGAAUUAUCUACCCCCAAACAUGGAUGCCGCUACAGCCCUCCACACUCUGCAUCUUUCGCUUCCUCUCUGUGUCAUAUCAAAGCGCUACGCCCCAGCUGUGCUAGACUUUCCCAACAAAAAGCAAAUCUUGAAUGCGAUUGUUCUGUAUCCACGACUCCGCAUGGACUUGGUCUAUCUCUCUGCUUCACUGUUCAACUAUCGCCCCGAAGACCGCGAAGUGCUGAUGAUUCUAACACAGCAGGUUGUAACAGCUGUCAACGACUUGCACAGCCUCCACCUGGUGCAUUUCGAUAUCAAGCCCCAAAAUUUUCUUCUCACCGAGAAUGGCAGUGUCAUGGCAGCCGAUCUUGAUGGUGCAAAGCGUGUGGGGUCGCCGGUGAUGCCCGUAUUGUAUACCAUCGCCUUCGCAGCCCCGGAGUUGGCUGAGAUUAUUGCGAAUAUCAAUGAAGACGCACAGGCUGAAUAUACCAUGGACUCGUGGCCACUAGGAAUGACAAUCUACUCCCUUUGGUGCCUAAAUCUGCCACUUUCCAAGGAGUUCCGCUCACUGCCUCCCAGUGACAGGCUCAUCUCACUGUAUAAGUCCCCCCAAGAUGCUCUGCUAUUCGACCAGGAAUGCACGGCUAAGAUGCCACCAAUGGUGCUCGACUUAAUAACCAAGUUCAUGAAAAUCAACCCUAAGGAGCGCCUAACGCCGGCUCAAGCAGUUGCAUCACACCCAGUAAUGCAGCGAAAAUCUGAAGGAGAAGCAAUAAAACCACUCAUCAACUCAAGGUUUCCCGCAAAAGCUUCGGCACCGUCAACUGUUUCAACUGAUACAGGAGGGCCCAGUCUUACUUCCAGUUACGUGUUUGUGACACCAAAGAUGGUGGAAGCUGGCCAAAGCUUCGAGCAACAGGUCGCAAAGACUGCCAAGACAGAAAACACUGGAUUCGAACUUGUUGGAAGCUACUUAAGAAAUCUGAGGCCUCUAAAUGACGCGCAGUACUUCGCCGCAUCUGCGCACAGUUCAGACGCCCUAUGGGAUGAGCGCCGAGAGGUACCAGAGGGACACUCGUCUGAAACUAACUCAGUUUAG